AUGAUAUUCAACAGCUUCACGAUCACGGACUAUGUGAUCGUUCUGCUCGUUUACCUCGAGUCCAUGGUGGCUUUCUUCCUGAAGCUGGUGCCUCAGCCCAUAAUAUCGCUGCUGGAGUGGUUCAUCGACUACUCGUUCAGCGAGGACAACACCUCGUUCGAGGAGCGUCUCCGCACCGCGGUUACCAUCCAUGACAUGUGCCGCUUGUUCGGGAUAGAGGUCGAGGACCACCUGGUGCGUACCGAGGACGACUACAUCCUGACCCUGCACCGCAUCCCGCCAAGAGAAGGUACCGCUAACGGCAAGACAGUCUACCUGCACCACGGCCUGCUGAUGUGCUCCGAUGUCUGGGUCUGCCACGUCGAGAGACACAAGAACUUGCCCUUUGUGCUUCACGACCUGGGCUUCGACGUCUGGAUGGGCAACAACAGAGGUAACAAGUACUCCACAGCACAUUUGUACAAACAGCCUAAGUCCAAGGAGUUCUGGGACUUCUCCAUCGACGAGUUCGCAUUCUUCGACAUUCCAAACUCCAUCCAGUUCGUCCUCGACAGAUGCAAGAUUGACCAGCUGAUAUGUAUCGGGUUCUCUCAGGGCUCCGCCCAGAUGUUUGCCGCGCUAAGUAUCAGCGAGGACCUGAACAAGAAAGUGUCCCAUUUCAUCGCCAUCGCCCCAGCCAUGACUCCAAAGGGUCUGCACAACAGAAUCGUGGACACUCUCGCCAAGUCCUCUCCGACUCUGAUGUACUUGUUCUUCGGACGCAACAUCAUCUUGCCCUCGGCUGUGGUCUGGCAGAAGACUAUACACCCUAAGCUUUUCAACUUCUUCAUCGAUUUCGGUAACAGAAUCCUGUUCAACUGGAAAGCUCUGAACAUCACUCAGAAGCAAAAGAUGGCUGCUUACUCGAAACUUUACUCUACAACCAGCGUGAAGUCCAUCGUGCAUUGGUUCCAAAUCCUUAGAGCACAGAAAUUCCAAAUGUUUGAAGAACAGGACGACAUGUUUAACUCCUUGACUAGACCAUACAAGAUCCCAAGGUUCCCAACAAAGACUAACAUCAAGACCCCUAUCUUGCUAAUAUACGGCGGUGUCGACUCGUUGGUUGACAUCAAUGUCAUGAGGAAUAACCUGCCCUUAACAAAUGUCUUUGACAUAAAAGUGGACCUACAUGAACAUCUUGACCUGAUCUGGGGCAAAGAUACCGAUACGCUCGUGAUUGCCAAAGUAUUGAGAUUCAUAGAGUUCUUCAGCGGCGAGAAACUACUACAGUCCACUACACUUUCUCUUGGCGAGCCAGAAAGACUCAUGCCUGUUAAGACGCCAAUCAGCCAACACACUAGCAGAAGAAACAGCAACAGUAGCGUUGGCACAGAAAAUGCGACUCCUUCAACGUUUAACGUUCGUAAGACUACGACGCCCUCUAACUACAGGUACGAACAAACGGAAAGCCCAACCGCCCAAUACGGUUUAGAGAAGUUGAACUCUCUGUACUCCAACGUUGGAAGGGGGCUAGAAGAUAUUGACGAGAAGGAGGCCUUCCUGGACUACAAUACCGGCGACAAGAUGGACGAAAUCCAAAAGACGAACUCAAUCAACCAACGCAGACUGAGCGAGUACCUGGACUCAUCCACAGACUUGAAACAAAUGGACAGCAAUGCUACCACCACCGUCAACACUCCCAACUAA